AUGUGGGAGCAACACAUACAAGAACUGAAAGACUUCAAGCAACAGCAUGGGCAUUGUCGGGUUCCAAAAGACGAUGAAGAACACAAAACGUUGUCAACUUGGAUUCAGAAGAUUCGUUCUUCCUUCGCACGAUUGCAGCGUCAAGAGGAACCCGAGAUUGACUUGACGGAGGAGCGCAUAUCCGAGCUGAAAUCUAUCGGCCUUCGUAUAUCCUUGGUGGACUCAGAGGGUCGAUGGAAACGCCGUCUGAAGGAACUCAUCGAAUUCAGACGUAUCAAUGGGAAUUUUCAAGUUCCACGGAAUUGCAAAGAGUUCCCGCAUCUUUCGAGUUGGCUCACGAAGCUUCGAAUCACGCACAACAAGCGUCAGAGAGGAGAAGAUAUUUCUAUAUUGAUGGAGACGCAGCUGUCUAAGCUUGAAAAGAUUGGUUAUGACUUUCGGAACGUUCAGAACUUGCGUCAAAGCAUAAGCAGCAGCAACAGCAAUACCAGCCGGGUACGAACCAAAGGAAAUCAACGUAGCCGCGAUCAUUAUGAUGUUCGCUGGAACCAGAGGGUACAAGAAUUGGCAAAAUUCAAAGAAGAAAAUGGUCACUUCGAAGUCCCAGGCCAUGUCGAAGCGUACAAUCAAUUGCAUUAUUGGAUGACAAAUAAUCAGCACCACCACAAUCUCCUCGAGAGAGGCGAGGAAACUAGCCGACUGACAAGUGCACGCCUGUCACAGCUGAGGGCAAUAGGCUUUACUUUCAACGCUGAAACUACUAAAAAUACGCAGCUGCAACGUGGCCCCGAUGUAGACAAUGCUCGUUGGAACCAACGGGUAGGAGAAUUGCAAAAGUUCAAAGAAGAACAUGGUCACUUCGAAGUCCCGAACAAUUCUGAAGCGUACAGUCAAUUGUGUGCCUGGGUUAGGACAAAUCAACACCAUUAUAACCUCCUCAAGAAUGGUGAGAAGACCAGCCGUCUUACAAGUGAGCGCAUAUCGCAGCUGACGGCAAUAGGCUUCGAAUUUGCUGACACCACUACUACAGAGCGGAAACCAUGGAAUGAAAGAUUGCAAGAGUUGAAGGAUUUUAAGGACACUCAUGGGCAUUUCAAUGUUCCAUACAAUGAUGAAAAACACCAAGCUUUGAGCAACUGGAUAAGGAACAAUCAAGCUGCAUAUAACAAAUUUCAGCAAGGAGAAAGGAGUGCCAUGACAAAUGAGCGAUUGUCUCGGCUUGAAGAAAUUGGAUUCUUUUUCAGAGAUGCUGCAAAAAGAAAAACGCCUCCAAAAGGCUCCGUUGGUCCCAGAUGUCCCAAUUCGCGAUGGAGUCAGAGGGUACAAGAGCUGAAGGAGUUCCAUGACGCUCACGGUCAUUUUAAUGUCCCUAUGAACGUCGAAAGAUAUAAGCCGUUGGCAAACUGGAUGCUUAAUAAUCGAACCCAUUACCAGAAUCUUCGGAAAGGGGUGAGAAGCAGCCGAUUAACAAGUGAAAGGUUGGUUGAGCUGAUGGAAAUGGGCUACAAAUUCAAUCCACCAACAGCGAGAAGGCUCGAUUCCAAUGAUAUCAAUGUGCCAUCGAGCCCAAAUGAACGAUGGAACUACCAGAUAAAACAGCUAAAGGAUUUCUACGACCAACACGGACACUUCAAGGUGCCAAGCAAUGUAGCAGCGUACACGUCAUUGAGCAAUUGGAUGGCGCAUAAUCAAACAGAGUACAACAAGAUACAAAAGGGAAGGAAAGGUAGCCGCCUGACAGAUCAAAGGAUGGCUCAACUGAAAUCCAUCGGCUUCACAUUCACUGAGCCCAAUCCGUUUUGUCCCAAUGCACCAGCAUGCCCAAUCGAUCGAUGGGAUCAACGUUUCAACGAGCUGAAAAGUUUCAUUGAGGAACACGGGAACUUCAAAGUUCCACGUGAUACAGAAGUGUACAAGUCUUUGGAAUCUUGGCUUACCAAUAAUCAGACAGAGUAUAACAACAUCCAAAGAGGAAUGGAAAGCAGUCGGCUCAAAGAUGAACGGAUUGCUCAACUCGAAUCAAUUGGCUUCAAAUUCAGUCUGCCUGCAGGCUCGGUUGAACGAUGGAACAAGCGGGUACAAGAGCUAAAAGACUUCAAAGAAGAACAUGGACACUUUCAGGUUCCCAAAAGUUCGGAAACGUACAAGUCGCUGAGAACCUGGCUUCAGAAGAGUCAGACAGAGUACAACAAGAUCCAAAAAGGAAUCAAGAGUCAUCUCCUGACAGAUGAACGGAUUGCUCAACUCGAGUCCAUUGGGUUUCAUUUUGGAGAUACAGAGAAGGAGAACCUAGAAUGGAAUAAACGGCUGCAGGAACUCAAGCAAUUUAAAGUAGCCCUUGGUCACUUUGAUGUCCCCGAUGAUGACGCAGAUUACCAACACUUGAGACAUUGGCUAGCGACGAAUCAAGAAGAAUACAACAAGAUACAACGCGGGAAGAAAAGCACUCAUCUCACACCUGCUCGAUUGUUACACCUGCGAGAGAUUGCAUUCCAAUUUAACAGCGCCGUCCCAGAAGACUCAAUUGACUGUGAAGGAAGUUGCCAAGACUCAUGUGAAUCCAAAUCCGAUGCAGACGAAGAAGCCAAGGACACUAUGGAAUAUGAAUCCAUCGAAGAUGAAGAGAGUCGCCAAGGAGCUUUGCUGCACUCGAUUGAAUCCAAAUCCGGUUCACAUGAAGAAGGGCAAUUUAACGAUUGGAACACGAGUCAACCGACAAGUCCUGGUGUACCCGGACCUGAGAAUGCAACGUACCAUGAGGCGGUACCCGAAAGGGCCAGUAUCAUAGUUGGCCAAAUAUUGCAAGAAAAAGGACAAAAUCUUCAGCAAACUGCAAGUACGAUGAAUUCAACGGAGGCUAAUACGCCAUCCUUUCUACUCGGACUAGACGAUGCUGUCAAUGAGAUGAUGGCGGAGAUGAAUCGAGUCGAGCUAGAACAUGAAAAGGCCGAAGGACAUCGCAAUACUAUUAGGGUGAAGAAGCCAAAUCUGUUUUGGUUGGAUAUUGGAGAUUGUGAUGGGAUCGAAUUCUUUUAG